GCCGCCUCCUCCUUAUGAGCAAAGAAACAACAUAACGUGUGCGCAGUUUUAACAACGAGAUUUUUUAUUAAAUGACCGAUGAAAACAUGGAUUUAGACUCUAUGAAGUAUGCGGAGUUACAAAAGCUUUCCAAGGAGCUGGGGCUUAAAGCUAAUAUGAAGGCCGACAAACUGCUGAAAGCCAUCAAACAGCACUACGAGCAAACAAAUGAUCAAAAUCAGCACAACAACAAUGUGGUGAAAGAUGUUCCCUCCGAUUCCAUAAACCCAGUACAGGUUUGUGAAUUGGCAAAAUGUUCCCCUGCCGCUGCAUUUGUCAACACUCGGCGAGGGAAGGGACCAGGGGCCAAAAGAAAGAUGUCUGAUGCUGCUGGACCCGAGUCUAGCGCCCAAGAGACUGAGAGUGCUGCAGUGGAGUCAGUUGUACCAGCUGCAUCUGAACAGGCAAAAAGAAGACGAGUGUCGGCCAAGAAGACUGAAGCUCCAAUGAAAAAUGAGGAGCCAGGAGCUGAAAGCAAAGCUCCCAAAGGUGGUAAAAUCCCUCGUCUGCAGAAGAAGGUGCCCCUGAAGCCUGUAACUCCCAACUUUAAGAAACUCCAUGAGGCACAGUUCAACAAAAUGGAGUCCAUUGAUUCUUAUGUCCAAAGGAAAACCAAACAAAUGGACACUUAUAAAAAUGCAGUGAAAGAGCUGAAGAUGCUUUCAGAUCAGACUAAGCAGCAAUUUAAAGGAAAAUCUGAAGAGAAACCAAAGCAGCCUCGUACCUCCCUCUUCAGUCCUGCUCCUGCCAGUAAAGUGAAGAUGGAUGAGAGGCGCAGACACACAUUGCUCUCAGCCUCCAAGACUAAAACUGUACCCAAAAAAUCUGUCGGAAAAGAGGAUGUCCCCUUCAAACCUACUGUCCUGUCUACGCGAAGAAUCAAUGUACGGUUUUCAGAGGCUACUAAAGACAAUGAACACAAGAAAUCCCUGAUAAAGACCCCAGCACGGAUGUCUCCCUGUGUAGCCUCCAGCACUCCACAGGAGAAACCAGAAGUGAAGGCAAAAGCUGUCAAAACUGCAACUUUGUCUGUCACCAAAACACCAGCACCAUUUGUUUUUGCUGGAAACACGAGCAUCACUCCCGGGACACAGAAGAAAAGUGCGUUUGACCUGAAAGCCAGCCUAGCUCGUCCACUUAACUAUAAGCCACACACAGGUAAGCUGAAGCCACUUGGAGAAACUAAAGAAAAUCCAGCAGCCAACAAGUCAAUCACUAUAAACUCCCAUCAGAAAAACUACAAACAGCACAAAGUUCCGACGAGGGACGAUAGAAGAACGAAACAUAAUGAAGACCGAAAACAGAAGAAGAAUAAUCUCCUGGGAGCUCGUCGAGGCCUUGUCAUGAUGUGAACUCGGCUCAUCGUUGUACAGUUUCUGUGUUCAGUCAAAGUAGCUCCUUUAUAUUUUCCCGCUUUUAUCAGUGUCUUCUAGUCUUGGCUUUUAUGCCCAGUUUUUAGCUAUGUCUGAAUGGUGCAUUCGUGUAUUGAUGUCCUUGAUGUUAAAGUCAAAAUAUGUGCUCUUACAAUAUGUUUUUACUUUUUGUGAAAAUGGAUAAAGGACUUUUGCUACAUAUGCAAUUUGCUGUAGCCUUUAUUUUCAUAUAAAAUUAAAUAGUUAAAAUUGCAUCUGUUCAUGAUUUAAUAUGUACAGUUCAUAGUUAGUAGGAGCAGAAGGCAUUAAACUUCAGGGUUCCUCUUGUACACCUCAUAGGCAAACUCCUCUGUGUGAGCGUAGUCUUUACAAACACCAAUAAAGUCAAUCUCCAACUGGAAA